AACUUGCAAGAACAACUUAGGGAUAAAGACAAGCAACUGACCAACCUGAAAGACAGAGUGAAGUCCUUGCAAACAGAUUCCAGUAAUACAGACACUGCACUGGCAACGCUAGAGGAAGCUCUGUCAGAGAAGGAGAGAAUAAUUGAGCGCUUGAAAGAACAGCGAGAAAGAGAUGAUCGGGAAAGACUAGAAGAGAUAGAAUCCUUCCGAAAAGAGAACAAAGACCUGAAAGAGAAGGUCAAUGCUUUACAAGCUGAACUGACUGAAAAAGAGUCUAGUUUAAUUGACCUCAAAGAACAUGCAUCUUCAUUAGCCUCUGCAGGACUGAAAAGGGAUUCCAAAUUAAAAUCUCUAGAAAUAGCCAUUGAACAAAAGAAAGAGGAAUGUAGCAAAUUGGAAGCACAGUUAAAAAAGCAAGCUGAGCAGUUGUUCAAUCAGAUGUACAACCCAGCACAUAAUAUUGAAGAUGACUCCAGGAUGAACCCUGAGUUCGCAGACCGAAUAAAACAGCUCGAUAAAGAGGCGUCUUACUACCGUGAUGAGUGUGGCAAGGCCCAGGCGGAAGUGGACCGGCUGCUGGAGAUCCUCAAGGAGGUGGAGAAUGAGAAGAAUGACAAGGACAAGAAGAUUGCAGAACUGGAGAGGCAUAUGAAAGAUCAGAAUAAGAAGGUGGCCAACCUCAAGCACAAUCAACAGUUGGAAAAGAAGAAGAAUGCUCAGUUAUUAGAAGAAGUCCGCAGGCGAGAAGAUAGCAUGGCUGACAACUCACAGCAUUUGCAGAUAGAGGAACUGAUGAAUGCACUGGAGAAGACCAGACAGGAGCUGGAUGCCACCAAAGCGCGCCUCGCCUCCACACAGCAGUCCCUGGCUGAAAAAGAAGCGCACUUGGCCAACCUCCGCAUUGAGAGGAGGAAACAGCUGGAGGAGAUCCUGGAGAUGAAACAGGAAGCGCUACUUGCGGCCAUCAGUGAAAAAGAUGCAAACAUUGCUCUGCUGGAAUUGUCUGCCUCCAAAAAGAAAAAGACACAGGAAGAAGUCAUGGCCCUCAAGCGGGAAAAAGACCGACUAGUGCAUCAAUUAAAGCAGCAGGUGGGGCCUCCUGCAAGAAAGACCCAGAACAGAAUGAAGUUGAUGGCAGACAACUACGAUGAGGACCAUCACCAUUACCACCACCACCACCAUCACCACCACCAUCGAUCUCCUGGGAGGUCGCAACAUUCCAACCACAGGCCCUCUCCGGACCAGCUAUCAGAAGGGCUGAAUAAAGGGAACAUGCAGCUCUGCAGCAAUAUUCUGAUAAUCUAUUGCAGUGCGGCUCACAUCACUCACCACCACCUGGAGCGGCCCAUCAGAAUGGAAGGGGAGUUUUCACUUACAUUAUUGAGCGUGAUUCUGUUCUACUCGCUAUUUCCUUCAUCACCUCGUGUCAUUUCUCAUGGAUGUGGAUAUGUUGGAAAGGAAGAAUGCAGAGGAGGAGAAAAGUGAUAUGUCUUCUAUUUGUGUCUGGAUGUAGGCAUUUUGAAUGUGAUCAUCUUUGCUGAAUAUCAUUAUUUGAUAACAUUUUGUUUAAGUUACUUAAACAUCAUUGGAUAAAUUUGAACUCCAUAGGAUUUUAACUGUGGAUUCAGUUUCCGUUGGACAACUAGCCUCAUCUCCAGUAUCCUGCUGGUUCCAUCUAAGUGGUCAUUCCUAACUCAUUAGAUUGUCAAAAAGUAUCAGUUCUCUGUGAGUGAGUGGUGUUGGCAGUGUUUGUAUACCACGAUGAAUGGAGUGUUUGACAAAGAAACAAAAAAACACCAAAAAUUGCGAGCCUUUACCCUCCUCUAUUUCUUUAAUCUGUUGUUUGAAGAACCACAUUUUGAGGGUGUAACCAGUAGUUACCUCUGGGCCAGGUUGGAAAUGAAAUCAAUUUCUUAAACCACUAAUACUUGCCAAGAAAUCGCCUUAUGAGAACAUGGUGUGUGUCUCUGACAAUGCAUGGCACAUCUAAAUUGAUCAUUCAUAAUUUUAUCUACCCAGGUCAUGUACCGGAAAGUGGCAAAAGCCUGAGGCACCUGCCUAUCUCUAGUUCCUGUGUCCCGCAUAUCCCUGUGGUGGGGAUGCCACCGAGCCUCAGACUCUUACCAUCCCGGUACACGCAGGUCUCCACGAAGAAGCUGGGGCUCAUUUACGUUUCAAGAUCCAAAUGCUGUGCAAACAGUGUAAGCUUAGAUUUUCUGUAAAUGAAGGGUCAUUUCUCAUUUUUUUUUAAAAGAAAAUGUAUCCACAACAUGGAAUCCAAAUCAUUUUCAGCAUCAAACAUGAAAACAUUGAUGAAUGAGGAACAAUCACAAAAGCUGUGUAUCUGUAUAUAGCUCUACACAACAUGUAUGUGGAUACAGUCAUUGUUUAAAGCACAUGCCAGGGAAAAAGACCAAAUUUUGAGGUCUUUUACAUACAGUGAUAUGGUACUAAGGAGAAUUAAACUCCUACUGCUUCCUCUGAGUAUUAAAAAACAAUUAAAAUUGUUAUAACUUCAUAAAACUCAUGACUGAGUCUGGCAAACAUGUGCAAUUCUUGUAUUGCUCCAUUUCCUUGUCAAUGGAAGAAACCCUACCACGUGUAUGCAAGUGGGAGAUGAAAACCUGCAUUUUUAAAGGACAAACAGUGAAUUUAAGCAUGAGUGGCCUUAAUAAAUAUAGUUGUCUUUCUUUGCUGCUGUGGAAAGGAUACUAAACAGAUGUUCCUGAAGUCUUGCAUUGACUUUAGUCGUUAUUAUUACUUUUUAAAAUGUUGGUGCAAUUAACUCUGGACCUCUCUCGUGAGCCAUAGAGAUAUUUAAAAGACAGACACCUUAUUUGUUGGGGAAGAUGAAACCGUCUCUGAGUUGCACUAUUUUUUCUUGGUGCAUUCAUAGUUAAGAUACUCAAGCAGGUUUCUUGCUUCCGGCUUUGUUCUUGUCAUCAGUAAGUAUAACAAACUAUGUAAUGCUUACGUGUUGCAUAAAUAAUCCAAAUGCAUUUAUGUUUUAAAAGUUUGUCCUUUAACUGUCAGAGGGAUCUAGGUCUUGGUUAGAGAAGUAAGCAGAGUUCUUUGCAAGCUCAUUUAGCAAAUUUUGACACAAUGUUGCACUGAAAACCCAGGCCACAAAUGCAUCCCAGUGAAGAGUUUGGAUGUCCUCAAAGAAGUGGUCCUCACUGCCUCCUACAACCAGGUCCUGGACUGAACUCUGCAACUGAAUACUUGAAGUAGGAAGUAGGAAAUCCAGUAGGCAAAAUAGGGUCCUUGAAAUAGAAAACAAAAACAAAAACAACCAACCCAUGUAUAGCUAGCUAUUUCUAUGUAUGUGCCAAUUUUGUCACAGCUAUUAUUUGAGGGGAUCAUUUUCUGCCCAACUUUUGUUGGUUAAAAGUAUUAUUGAUCUUACCUUUAUGGGGGCAAAUCAUUUAGUCCCUUAAAAAUUAAAUUCUAUCAAACAUAACAACCUUUUCCAUUUCAUGUCAUAUUCUCUGAUGUUUGGGGGUUACCUAGAAUAUCCCUUUUUCACAUAUUAAGAAUAGUCUCUGGGUUUACAACGAACACUGUGAUGUUGGGAAGCUAUUUCCUUUGCGCAAACGUUAACAGGUUUCCUUCUAAUCAUAACUUAGUUGAAAAAAAAAGUGUGGGCUAACAUUUAGGAGAAGUUGGUCUUACUUUGUGCAAAAGCAAGCUUGUACUUUAUGCCCCAUUUGAUUUUGAUGUACAGUCUCAAUUUUGUAUUUAAUGAUUUUUGUGUAUCCAGUAUGCACGUUAACAGCGUGUCAACUUUCAUUUGAAAGUGGGUUUCAAUUUACUUUUUAAACAGUGUUUAUGACGAGACCUCAAAUGUGUUGACAUAAGCUCUAUCUGCAAUGUUUUUGUGUAGAGUGGCGAUUGAAUGCUGCCGAGGGUCAGUGUAUCUAAUUCCCUGAGACCCUCGUUUGAUAGUGCUUCUUGUAAUAUUUCUUCAAGUGAGUGGCAUGUGGGUUGUGAUAUUGACCAUGUGAUUAUGGACAUCGAUAUGAAAAAUAAAUAAAUAAAACUAAGGAACCCUGGAAACUACCAGUGGGCAUGUAUUAGCCAGUCAUUGUAACCUCGUGUCUAGUAGAACAAUGUACAAGCUAUGUACAGUUCAUAAAUUUGUUAUCAUGUGUAUGAGAAGUACUUUGUGCUGAUCGCCUUAUUUAUAUUCAUCAAAUAAACCUUGUUUCUUUCUGAA